AUGGCCUCGUCCUUGGGAAAGCUGGGAAGGACAGCCUGCCGACUACUGGCUGCAACUAGCAGCCCGAUUACACCCCAAACUAGGACUAUGGUGCAUAAGAGCGUUUUGAAGCUCCCUGACGACUACCCAGAUCCAUGGCCUUACAAAGAGAAAGGGUUUCAUAAUAUUGAUGUGUUCAAAGAUCGGACGCAACCUCAUUUCCAUCAAAACUCGAAACUUAUCGUGGUCGAGGGAAAUAUUGGAGCCGGAAAGAGUAGAUUAGCAGCUGAGCUCGCUGAUCACCUUGGACUUUAUCACAUGCCAGAGUUUAAAAUGGAGGAUAUCCUUAUCGAUAGAUAUGGAAACGACCUUAGGAAAUUCUAUCACCUGUUCCCAGAAUGCUUCCGAAUGCCUGAUAUGGAUAUGUUCUAUCAAAAUCCUAUGAGUGACAUGUCUGCAAAGAUGCAACAACGCAUAUUUGAAUGUCGUUUCGAUCAGUAUCUGAACGCGUUGGCUCAUAUCAUGAAUACAGGUCAAGGAGUGGUUCUCGAGCGAACACCAUAUUCAGACUUCAUCUUCGCGAAUGCUAUGCGAUCGAAAAAUUACAUAGGACCUGCAUAUUUCAAGCAUUACUACUACGUGCGGAAAUCUGCACUUGAACAGCUACACUUUUGGCCCCAUCUUGUUGUAUAUCUUGAUACUCCUAUACAAAAAUGUCUAGAAAACAUAAAAGCACGAGGAAAUCCCAACGAAAUAGCUACACUGGAUGAAAGUUACUUGAAGAUUAUUGAGGACUCUUACAAGGAUUCGUUGAAGGAGUACAGGAAGCAUUCGAAAAUUUUGGCCUAUGAUUGGUCGCGCCCUGGAGACGCGGACACCGUGGUAGAAGACAUUGAACGAUUAGAUCUUGAUUUCUUCGAAUGGCAUUCUGGAGAUGUGAUGGAAGAAUGGAACACGGUAUUAGAUGAAGUUGGAUGGGCUGGAUGGCGAGAACAUGUGACUUCGAAGUAUGACGCUCGAAAUUUUGCAUUUGAGGGAAUUGCCACUCACGAAGUUGGAGAGCUUUACAUAAACCCUCGUGAUGCCGGUCACUUCUUGUACGUUAUGCGUAAUGAGGUUCUGAAAUCAUUGAAUGGUUACGGCUAUAUUCGCGAGAAAGGUGAUCCUAUAGCCGGAUUGUUCAAUUGGCGAAGAGAUCACUAUUUGCCAGAGCCGUGGUACGAAUACUAUUGGAAGGAGGCCUACUAUGAUGACAUGGGCUCGAUGGAGACGUCGCUUGAUCCUCAUUCGCUUGGAUAUGAUCCCGACUAUCUCCAUCACCAUCACUAA